AUGGAAGACGUGUUGAUAAAAUCCCUGGUCCUCAGUUAUGCGGUCCAUGUUGCAAUGUCAGCUGCUGAACAGGAGUGGAUCAUCACUGAUAAGUUUUUCCACGCCUCCACUGUUCUGUGCUGCCUACAACCAAGUAUCAUCAAACCACAAAAGAUUGUCAUGGCAAGUUCAAAACCUGCAAGACUGAGGGUGAUUCUAAAAGAGAGCAACACUGAAAAACUGACUCUUCCAAAUGGCAUCCCAGACUCUCUGGAUGAGCUUCUCAGAAAGGUGAAAGAUACCUUUGGUUUAAAGACCAAUGUCAGAUUGCAAUAUAUGGACAAAGACUUUGGGAACGACUUCUUCAACCUCACCUCAACUUCUGACCUUGAGGACUUGGGAACAGUCAAGGUGCUUCAAGAAAAACCCAUUCAAACUUUUGUUGACGUCGUUGAAACAGCUCCAUCUUCUUCUACAGUUCACUCUGACGACAGCAGUUCUUUAUCCUCAAAUGACACUAUAAUCCUCUCCUCUCCUGAAUCCUUGUCAUCGCGAACACAACAAUGGCCAGCCAACUUUCCCAUUCCCAUAUUUUCAUAUGACACUGAACGUCAGCUAGAGAAGGGGAAUUCUGAGUAUCAAGCAAACAAGAAAAUGUUGACAGUCACGUCCCGAAUGAAGACUGACAUCCUAAAUAGAUUAAUAGAAGAGAUCUACCAAUACAGAGCCUACCCAGAGGAUGCACAUUUCUGUGUAGUUGCAGAGGCCUUGGUUAAAAAACAUCCGUGUUUAAAAGAGCCUGGUUCAUUCAAUGGUUGCUACGGUUGGAAGCAAAGGCUGAAGUACAAAAUGGGAAACUACAGGACUCUACUCAAAUCACAAGGAUGUCCAGAGUUGUCUGUGAACUCACUUAAAUCCAAAGCUAGUAUUUCUGUUUUUCCCGCUGAAAAAAUAAAGAAGCCAAGACGAGCUGAAGCCAACUUUUAUCCAUCCUUUCCAUUGGGAGAAACACAAGAAAGCAUGGACAAAGAGAGAAUUGAACUCUUGACAGCAAUCAAAAGGAGGAACAAUGACAGGGUCAUUGCAGACAAAAUGGCUCGUACUUUUGCCUACAGGCGUCAGGAGGUGGUGAAUGAAGAACCUGGUAUAGAGGAUUUCAAGGAUAGAUGGCCUGCUCUGUUCCAACAGAAAGAGAUUAAUGCGGAGUUCCAGAGGCUCAUGGCUCUUCCCCUUGAGCAGACUUUCUUGGCCCAGUUGGACAGGCACUCAAGUCAGCUGAUUAAAGUCAUCCAGGCCAAAGGAGGAGCAACACGUGCAAAAAUGGCUGCCAUCAUGAGAACCUAUGAUGAGGUUGAAGACAUUGGGAUUCGAAGGGAAUGUGUUCUGAAAGGCCUCAUCACCUUUCUUGGAGAGGAUGCAAAAGACCUUAUUAAGGAAUACUGUGGCAGCAGCGGAGAUGAUGCCCAGAUGGAACUCAAACAACUCACCAUGGCAGUGUUUGUGAUUCGGAAGGAGGGAGAGGGAUUGAAAGAACCCCCAGAAGACAUUGGCAUCGUCAUUGAGGGAGUGGAGGUGUUGCAUGACCUGACUUCAGUUGCCUCAGCAUGUGCCCUGCUUCUGGGUUUGAUAUAUUCCCUUAACCUGGCUUAUCCAAAGGCUCUGCGCUUCACAUUUGAAGUGUUCCAAAAAAUCUUCAUGCAGCUUGAGCAGCACAAGAUGUCUCCUAAAGUUCAAAAUUUGUUUGGAAGACUUCAGACCUCACAGUAAAGACACUGGCAUGUUGUGCAACAGGACAGAUUAUCUUCUGUCUUUGUUUGAAUAGAAGAGCGCCAUGUUUUGGAAGCUUAACACCUCAAAGAACUGCACCUUGUGAACUUCUUUUGGGACAUUGUUCAUAUUAAAGCCACAAGUAAUACAGAGUUUACUGGAUAACAAUUGUGACUGGUAUUUCUGGAGGAUGUUUACUGAUGAGGUUGUGAUGAACAUUAUAAUUUUGGGAGUAGGUCUUUUUUUUUUGUUUUUGACAUUUCAUAAAGUUACAUGGUUCAUCUCUUUGGUUUUGUGUAGGAAAAAAUACAGGUUAAGGCGGGCAAAUUACAGUAGGAAAGUAGUAGGCUACUGCAGAUUGUUGACACUUUCACAGAAUUUUCUUUUUGCAUUUCUUUUUUUUAUUAUUUAAAUCAACAGAUUUGUGCAGUGUUUUUUUAAGGAGGUUCAAUGGAUCUAGAUCAGAAUGUUUUGGUUCUUUUCUGGUGUCAGUUAAAUUAACGGACUUGGUUUAAACUAGGCAGUUAUUACACCACAUCUUUGAAAACUUUUUGCCUAAAUAUUUUUUGGGUAUUGCUCUUGUUUUCAGUGUAAGAAUAGUCACUAGUGUCAUAUUUUAUGUCAAAAAAAAUUUCUCAGCAAAUGUUAUGGUUUAAGAGUGUGGAUUUUCUUUUUUAGGAGGACUUGCGUUAAAUCCUAAAAAAACACAUUGUUUUCCUGAGGAACAUUUCUGGAUUCUACAACCUCACACAGGGGUGUCCAAGUCUUGUCCAGAAGAGCUACCAUUGUGCAACUUUCAGAUGGACCCUAUUUCAAUACCACCUGAAGCUAAUUUCUGAAUGCACACACUAGCAGACAUUCAGCUCAGCAGAUGCGUUGUGAUGAGCAGAUGAGCAAAAGAAAUCAGUUGUGAUUCAGAUGUAUUGGAGAUGGGAUGCAUCUGAAAGUUGCAGGAUGAUGGCUCUCCCGAACUGGACUUGGGCACCUCUGAUCUAGCGGGUUGCUGACCAAAAAGGUUUAAGUAUUCAAAACAUACAACCCAAUUAAGAGGAAAAGUAAUAUCCCUUUUGAAGUUUCAAAAGAUCUUUGUAGCAUGUUUAAUGCAUAAUCUUUUGUGAAAAAGCAAAGUUUGUGAUGCUUUCACAAUAAAAUUU